AUGGUCCUUGAUAUAAUAGGAGGUGAAAAAUCAGAUGCUCUGUAUGGCAUUGAAGGCAUAGAAGCAGAUGGAGAGCCCACAAUUACAGAGACUUCAGAAGGAUGCGAGCAAAGUUCUCCUGCAGAGGAAAUGUUUGUGCUGGACCUGACUCCAGUGAUUGAGGAGGAAGAUAGAUCCCCAGUGGAAGUAAGGGAGACAGUCCAAGACCUUCCUUCAAGAAAACGCAAAAUUUCCUCAGCUACAAACAAGGAUGCUGACAGCUAUGAGUUGCUUCUGAAACGGGAAACCGAAAGAGCAGAUGUACAAAUUCAACUGGCAAUCCAGGACCGCGUGUCCAGCGUCUCCCAGCUUUGGAAUGAGACGCAUACUCAGGCCCAGGAAAGGGAAAGCUGGCUGCUAAAACUCUUGGAUCUCGCCAUGAAGUUCUGGAGCGACAUCAGCGAUGUCACGGCAGCUCUUAAUGAUGCUCAGCAGGCAGUUUUAGAUCUUAAUGCAAGUCGGAGAGAAUCGGAAACAAUCCGACAGAGCCUUGAAACCAUGCAGACUCUCAGAGAGGACAUUGACAGUUUACAGGGAGAUCUGGACACCCUGGGUGUUUUGGGGAUGGACCUGAUGUCAGCAUGUGGGGAUACUGACAAGCCAGAUGUCACAAAGAGCCUAGAUGAACUUUAUUGCACUUGGAACAACUUGAGCAAACUGUGGAACGAAUGUCACAAAAAGCUGGAAGAGUCCUUGCAGAUGGCACUACAUUAUCAAGACACCAUGCAGGGUCUUUUUGAGUGGUUGAAAUCAGCUGAGCUGAGGUCUACAGAAGAGUUCAUGGUUGGAAAUGACCUGGAAUCAGUCAAAGAGCAGCUACGUGACCUCAAGGAAUUUAAGCGAGAACUUUACCAGAAGAAAAUCGAGAUAGAAAGCCUGAACCAUCAGUUUGUGUGCCGCCUGUCUCCAGGCUCGGAGCGUCAGGGUUCCGUCUCGCCGCUGUGUGACUUUAGACAGCGCUGGGACAGCCUGGAGUCAGAGACCGUCAGCAGACAGCAUCAGCUGGAGUGUGCUCUGCUUGGUCUGGGUCAGUUCCAAAACACGCUGGAUGAGCUGCACACAUGGCUGUCCCGCACUGCUGAGCAACUGCAGGGCAAUCGACCAAUCAGCAUUGACCUUCAGGCCUGUGAAAUAGAGCUGGCUAAACACAAGGUCUUGCAUAAUGAUGUCAUGUCCCAUGUUCGCACGGUGGAGUCCCUGAACCAAGCUGGCAGGGGGUUGCUGGAGGUCGGGUCUGGGGACAGCCCGCAUGGUCUGCAGUCCCGGCUGGAGCAACUCAACGAGAGCUGGGAGUUUGUCCGCUGUGAGACUGAGCGCAGGCAGCUGGAGUUAGAGAACAGACUGAGUCAGGUACAAGAUGUUACAAUGGAGAUUCAAGAUCUUCUGCAGUGGCUGGAGAACACAGACCUGAGACUGUCCUCCUCUAAAACCAUGUGGGGUAUGCCGGACUCUGCCAGUGAAAGACUCAGCGCACACAUGGAGCUGUGCAAUGAGAUGGAGUCAAAGCUCCACGCCUUCACUGACGUGAAGAAUGCCAUCCACAGGAUGCUGGAGAGCAGCAGCGUAAUGCGGGGAUCGAGCACGGAGCACAGCUUAUCUAUGCUGGAACAGAAAUGGGCAUCUGUUUACAGCAAAGUCCACGAGCGAAAGGCAAGGCUGACAGAAGGAUUGGGUCUAGCCAAGGAGUUCCACAGUAACAUCCAAGAACUUCUCACCAAGAUGAGCAAGUGUGAAGAGUCCAUCGGGCAUCUUCCUGCUCCAAGCUUUGUUCUGGAUAAAGUUUGUACUCAAUUGCAGGAACAUAAAACCCUUCUGAAUGAGGUGAACUGUUAUGGUGAGAAGAAGGCAACAGUGGAGAACAUGGCCCGCAGGCUACUAGAACUGAGCAGGAAAGAAGACUGUGAUGUCAUUCAUAACCUAAUUAUGACUGUCCAGGAUCGCCACAAAAAGCUACAGCAGCGCACUUCAGAAAGAGGCAAAAAGCUGGAGGAGGUCAAAAAGAAUGCCAAACAGUUCAAUGAAUCAUGGCGCCUGCUAGUGGACUGGAUGACAGAGGUAGAGCAGACUUUAGACACACAUAAAGAGAUCGCUGUGUCCCACGAGGAGAUUAAACAACAACUGACGGAACAGAAGGAGUUCCAGAAACUGCUGAGGUCUAAGAGGCCUAUGUACGACGCAACGCUGAGGAAUGGACGCAGCCUUUAUGAAAGAGCUCAGACCGGCCAUGAUAGACAGCAUGUGGAGAAUCUAGUCGCUGAACUCAAAGACACCUGGGACACCAUCAGUGGCAAGACUAUGGAGAGAGAACACAAGCUGGAGGAAGCUCUGCUGUUCUCGGGACGAUUCACUGAUGCUCUCCAGGCUCUGAAUGACUGGCUGUACAGAGCGGAGCCUCAACUAUCUGAGGACGUUCCUGUUGGGGGAGACAAAGACAUGGUCAACAACCUGAUCGACAAACACAAGGCUUUCCAAAAAGAGUUAGGCAAGCGAGCCGGGUGCAUCAGGACCUUGAAGCGCUCUGUGAGGGAUCUGACCCGGAGCAGCACAGCGGACGCUCACUGGCUGCAGGAGCAGAUGGACGAGCUGGAGGGCCGCUGGGAGGCCGUGUGCAAACUGUCUGUCAGCAAGCAGGACAGACUGGAGGCAGCAUUGCAGCAGGCGGAAAAGUUUGACGGCCUCGUCCACUCUUUCAUGGAGAGCGUCACAGAAGCGGAGAGGGUCCUGAAGUAUGAAGUUAUACCAGAGGAUGAGGAGGGUUUGCUUGCUUUCGGCAAACAACACGAGGAGUCAAUGGGAGCCUUGCAGGCUCAGGCGGUCGAUUUACAGAACAUCCAGAGUCUGGGUGAGGAGAUCCUGGCCUCCUGUCACCCAGACUCCAUAAUCACCCUAAAGUCCUGGAUCAGUGUCACCAAGAUCCGCUAUGAGGAGGUUCAGACCUGGGCUCAGCAGCAAGGCCAGAAGAUCCAGGCCACUCUGUCAGCGCUGCAGGCAGAGAGAGAGGAGGUGCAGAGGCUGCUGGACUGGAUCUCCUCAGCAGAAGAAGCCCUGACCCUCAGAGACCAAGAGCCUCCACCUGAGACCUGUGAGCAGAACCAAGAACUGAUCGAGCAGCACGCGGUUUUCAUGGAGGAGUUGAAUAAGAAGUUCCCAGAGGUUGAACACACCACAAAGGCCUGUAAACUCAAGAGCAUUACCAAACAGCAGAUUUCCCCCAGCAAACGACCAUUCACAAAGAGGAGGAGCACUCUGAAGCUGCAGCCUGUUGUAACGAUCCCCCUGGAGCACCUCGACCCCCAAACCCCAGAGCUCAGUCAGCUGGUCGGUCAGUGGCAGAAACUGUGGCUCCUGGCUGUGGCCCGACAAACCCGCCUGGAGCAACAACAGCAAACUCUCAAAGAGAUGGAAGAGUUUGCGAACUUCGACUUCAAUAUUUGGCGAAAGCGUUACAUGCUGUGGAUCAGUCAUCUGAAGUCACGGAUCUUAGACGUGUUCCGCAGCAUCGACCGGGACCAGGAUGGACGCAUCAGCCAAAAGGAGUUUGUUGAUUACGUCCUUCACUCUAGUGAGUCGACAGGUCUCACAGUGUAA